AUGUCCACUCCGUCCGAGAAAAAGAGGCCUCGGCUUGACUCGCGCGAAUAUACCGUUGGAUGGAUCAGUGCUCUACCUAUCGAGUAUGCCGCUGCCACUGCAAUGCUUGAUGAGCAGCACGAACCGCCAGACCGUCAAGGAAACGAUGACACUCUAUACACCUUGGGGCAGAUCCAUGGCCAUAACGUCGUGAUAGCCUGCCUCCCUGCUGGCCUUAUUGGGAUGUCCUCAGCCGCAAAUAUCGCGACACUCCUAUCAACCCGGUUUCCUAAUGCCAAGAUUGGUCUGAUGGUCGGCGUUGGUGGCGGGGUUCCGUCCGACCACGUGGACAUCCGUCUAGGCGAUGUGGUCGUCAGCCAACCUGAACAUGGCCAUGGUGGUGUGCUUCAGUACGAUAUGGGGAAGCGCCUGCCUAAUGGCAAAUUUGAAAAGACUAGCCACCUUGACAAGCCCCCACGUCUAUUACUCAAUGCGCUAGCUGAGGUGCAAAAGAACCAUGAUUUAGACGAGAGCGCAUUCGUUGGUUAUCUCGCCAGCUUGGAGGCAAAACCGAAGUUCAGCCGACAGAGAGCAGGACCGGACCGAUUGUUUCGAUCGGACUAUCACCAUGCCGUAGAAGGUCCUGAUUGUACACGUUGUGAUGCACAGAGCCUAAUCAAAAGAUCUCACCGCUCUGAAGAAGAGCAAGUACAAAUCCAUUAUGGCACCAUCGCCUCAGCAAACUCGCUUAUCAAAGAUGGUGUCGAACGAGACCGGCUCUCCCAAGGUCUCGAUAAUAAGAUUCUUUGUUUUGAGAUGGAGGCAGCCGGAUUGAUGAACAAUUUCCCGUGUCUUGUAAUCCGCGGUAUUUGUUAUUAUGCCGAUUCUCACAAAAACAAGAAGUGGCAGCCGUAUGCAGCGGCAACAGCGGCUGCAUAUGCGAAGGAGAUUCUCUCAGUCAUAUCACGAAAGGAGGUAGCAGAUCUUGCGCCGAUCAAAGCUCCAUGGGUAUUGCCAUUCAAUAGGAAUCCUCAGUUUACAGGCCGAAACGAUGUACUCGAAAGUCUCUGUCACUGUCUACGAAACCCGGAAUAUCACUCGUAUGCAGCCAUUUACGGCCUCGGCGGCAGCGGCAAAAGCGCCGUCGCUAUCGAGCUCGCGUAUCGAACGCGAGAGAAGAACCCCGGAUGUGCCGUCUUUUGGGUCUCCUCAUUUCACAUCGACGGGUUCAAAGAUUCGUAUCGAGAGAUUGCUAUACAUUUACAGAUUCCUGGCGCCGAUGAUCUAGAACGGGAUAUGCUUAGCCAAGUGCGAAGAAAGCUAAGCGGAGAAUAUCAAGGUCGAUGGUUAAUGAUCAUCGAUAACGUCGAUGAUAAAAAUGUCCUCUUUCAUACUGGAACCAACGGCCGUCGACUGUAUGAUGAGCUUCCACGCAGCCGGCAUGGGGUGGUCCUUUUCACAACCCGUAACCGUAAGAUUGCCAUCGAUCUGGCACAAAAUCAGAGCCACCAUCUAGGCGAGAUGAAGGUAACCGAAGCAGAAGACUUACUAAACAAAGCAUUAAAAGAAGACCAAGGCCUAUAUUCAGAAAAGACAGUUAGCAUUUUUCUAGAAAUGCUUACUUAUCUUCCGCUGGCUAUUACCCAGGCCUUGUCGUUCAUGAAAGCAAAUGAAACUUGUCUUGAGAGAUACGUGGAAUUGUUCAAAGAAACUCGUCAAUCUAUGAUGGAACUUCUACAUGAAGAUUUCCACGAUCCAAACCGCGAUAAACAGUCUCGCAACGCCAUUGUUCACACGUGGCAGAUCUCUUUCCAACGUAUCAAACGAGAAUAUCAGCUAGCCGCAGAAUACCUCGACUUCUCCGCCUGCAUCGCGCCACAAGACAUUCCCCGUAGCGUAUUUCCCCAAGCAACAUCCUCUGUUGAACAAGACAAAGCCCUAGGUACACUGACGGCCUACGCGUUUCUGAACGAAGGUGUAGGAAAGGGAUAUUACGACGUCCAUAAUCUUGUUCAUCAUGUCAUGCAAAACCGAAUGAGGGAUACGGGCAGAUGGAUAGGGACUGCUCAAAAGGUCAUCAAGCGAUUAACGGAAUUGAUUCCACCAGGUGGGCACGAGCAGGCUAAGGAGUACCCCCCGUACCUGCUCCAUGGGCAGUAUACAGCAGAUAUACCGGAAAUUGUGAAUGAAGAGCGAACAGUUGAACUGCUCGAUAAUGUCGGGCGUUGCUAUUUUUCUCUAGGGGAAUACAGCCAUGCAGUUUCAACCCAUCGAGAUGUGCUUAAGCGUAGGGAACGAACAAUCGGAUCGAAAGACACAAACACAUUGAUAAGUAUGAAUCAGCUAGGCUUGGCAUUACUAUCUCAAGGAGAUUGCGUCGAAGCGGGAGAAUGGCACCAAAGAGUAUUAGGUCUAAGGAAGGAAAUUCUUGGGGCGGAUCAUCCUUCCACGCUGACUAGCAUGGCCAACCUGGCGUCGACGUAUUGGAGUCAAGGUCGAUUGGACGCGGCGGAGAAGCUAGAUGUGGAAGUAAUGGAGACUCGCAAGCAGAAAUUGGGAGCGGAUCAUCCUGACACGCUAACUGGUAUGGCCAACCUGGCGUCGACGUAUCGGAAUCAAGGUCGAUUGGACGCGGCGGAGAAGUUAUUUUUGGAAGUAAUAGAGACUCGCAAACAGAAACUGGGAGCGGACCAUCCUCACACGCUGACUAGUAUGGCUAAUCUUGCUUUUACAUGGAAAUGUCAAAGCAGAUAUAUGGAAGCCGUCGGUCUUAUGCAGGAAUGUGUGGGGCGUCGUCGGGUUGUCCUAGGGACUUAUCACCCUGAUUAUAUUUUUUCUCUUAAGACAUUAGAUACAUGGACACUAGCGCAUACGGAAGUGACAAGAUUACAUUGA